AUGGGCCGGUUCUCGUCCUGGGCCCAGGGCCGUGCGGCUGAGGCUCCCAAAGAGGAACCGGUAAAGGCUGCGCCGCAGAAGCAGCUGUUCGUGGUCGACAACCUGCAGCUCCGCUCCAAGAGCAAUGGCAUCAGAUACCGAUGCUCGCCCGACUUGGGGGACAAGCACAGCAAGGUUGCUUUGUUUGGGUCCCGGAUCCAGGGCACCCCGUAUGGAGGCUGCUGGAUACAGGUUGGAAGCCGAUUUCUGCCAACCCAUAUUGGCGGGGCCGAAGUCCUGCGACCGAUCGAGGAGGGCAGCACCGAAGGGAUUGCCGUGGAAGCUCCCAGUAAGGAUGUCAAGGAGCAGGACAAGCUGCUUGGUCAGAUGCUCUUUGGCCGGGCGGACACAGACGCAGGCUACAUUGAUCAACGGCAGCAAGAGAAGUCGCCAGCACGAACUCUGAUUCGUCCGGAGACCUCCAUGACCGAUACGCCGCUCUUGCCAGUUGGGGACGGAGCUGUCUACGAGGUUCUGUAUGAACGAGUUGCCAUUCGGUCUGCAGCCAGCACGACCUCGACGACCUUGGAGAUCAAACAGAAAGGCGAAGACCUGGAGCUAUUCGAGUGGGAUUCCACGCGCAAAUGGCGGCGCUGUGCUGCAGAUGCGCGUGCCACCACCGUGGGCUGGGUGCUGCUCGACCACCCUGAAUUUGGCCCUUUGGUCCGGCCCAAGGGAGCGCCUCUCUGCGCUCGGCCCCUGGAGCCUCUCUGCGCAGCGGCCGCCGAGGGGCAGCUGGGGGAGCUGAAGCGCUUCCUUGGCGAAGGACACGACCCAUGUGCCUGCGAUGCCGGCGGCAUGUCCGCGCUGGCCUUGGCCGCGCUGGCUGAUGCCAGGGACUGCGCCGUUCAUCUUAUCGAGGCGGGCGCCGUGACGACAACCGCAGCGGGGGAUGCAGCGAUCAGGAAUGCUGGAAGUGAUAACGUCCGAGCGCUGAUCCAGGCGCUCCUGGGCCACAUGGUGGAGGACGAUACCACUCUGCAGGCUGCUCUUGCUGACCUCACGUUGGAUGCCCGGCUGGCUGCUGACAGGAUCUUGGAGCAACUCGAUGAAGCCGAGGCCCGAUGUGCGGCUGACGGGGUUUCAGGCCAAACUGUCCUGAAGUGUCGAAAGUAG